AUUAUUCUCAUGAAAUUCAUCACCAACAACCAGGAUAUUUAACUAAGAGCAAAGUUAAACUGCUGAAAGAGGUGAAGCAGAAGCCAUCCAGAAGAAUCUCCAGAACACACAGAAACAGUUUGCUACAUUUAACAGACAAUUGAAGCCAAGUCCCGACAUGGAGAAACAUCAGCACUCUGUCAAGAGUUUUACUAAACAGAGUACUCUCCAAAAACACCAGCGCAUUCACACAGGAGAGAAACUGUAUCACUGCUCAGACUGUGGAAAGAGAUUUACUACACAGAGUCAUCUCAAAAUUCACCAGCGCAUUCACACAGGAGAGAAACUGUAUCACUGCUCAGACUGUGGGGGGAGUUUUAAUCGACAGAGUCAUCUCAAAAGUCACCAGCGCAUUCACACAGGAGAGAAACCGUAUCACUGCUCAGACUGUGGGAGGAGUUUUAAUCAACAGAGUAAUCUUAAAAUACACCAGCGCAUUCACACAGGAGUAAAACCAUAUCACUGCUCAGACUGUGGGAAGAUUUUUACUACACAGAGUACUCUCAAACAACAUCAGCGCAUUCACACAGGAGAGAAACCAUAUCACUGCUCAGACUGUAGGAAGAGUUUUAUUACACAGAGUAAACUUAAAAUACACCAGCGCAUUCACACAGGAGAGAAAUCGUAUCAUUGCUCAGACUGUGGGAAGAGUUUUACUACACAGAGUGAUCUCAAAAAACACCAGCGCAUUCACACAGGAGAGAAAAAUUUCCCAAAUUUGUCCCAUGGCAAUUAAAAGUGCAAAUCAUAAAUUCCACCAGAAACAAAUAUGAACUGUAUUUAACAAUGGAUUUUACAGGUUCAGCAAAACUAUUCUUAUCCAGGGAUGAUGUGUAUAGAAUUCCAUGUUAUGUUUGUAUGUCUUGUAUGUUUGAAUAUUCCAGGACAUUCUUUGUGAGACAGAGCUCAGUUUUUAGGUUAGUUACUGUUGCGCAGUAAGGUUACAGGCUCAUUCACUCCCUCUGCUGGUGUUCUUGUUUGUCUAUGGUUCAGUCCAAUUAAAAAUCUGUUACUAUAGAGGGAUAUAGAGGGAUAUUUGGUUGUGUUGUAUUACUCAAGUUUUAUACUCUCUUAUCUUUUCCUUAUUGAAUAUUAAAUGUUGCUUAUGUUUUUUUUAAUCUCCAAAGUUACUAAGAAUAUCCAAAUAAUGUAGUUUCUUAAUUGUUUUUAUCCAGUACAAACUAUUAUCUUUGUAUUACUUCACCUCUAUAUUUACCCAUGUGUGUUUUAAUAAACAGCUUUUAUAUU